UUGAUGGAAAACUACACCUACAACAGCUUCACACUCCAGCUGGAAGGGUUAAAUGUCUCAGAGGAUUAUGUCUACACUGUGUUUCUUUUCAUAUUUCUCUCAUACUUGUUUAUAAUUGUUGUGAAUGGUGGCAUUGUUGUUCUUGUUUUUCUGGACAAAAACCUUCACCAGCCUAUGUAUCUCUUGUUUUGGAACCUGUCAAUCAAUGACAUACUUGGAAACUCUAUCUUUUUGCCUCGUUUGCUUGUAGACAUGUUGUAUCCUCCCUCUGAACGUCUCAUCAGUUAUUAUGAAUGUGUGAUCCAAGCUUUCACCAUACAUAUGUCCAAUACCACUGCUCACACUGUGCUUAUGAUUAUGGCCUUUGACAGAUAUGUGGCCAUCUGCAAUCCCCUGCGUUACGCUGCCAUAAUGACCAACAAAAUGUUGGUGAAGCUGACAGUUUCUGCCUGGGGAGUGGCCUUUGUUCUGGUCGGGAUUAUGGUCGGUCUGACCAUAAGACUGAACCGAUGCAGGACAAUGAUCAGAGGCCUUUAUUGUAGCAAUGCUGGACUGUUCAAACUCUCCUGUGAGAGUGUGUUCAUCAAUAAUGUGUAUGGCCUCACUUUCACUGUAGUCCUGUUUACAGGGUCUAUAGGCAGCAUGGUUCUCACCUAUACCAAGAUUACUGUAGUCUGUCUGACCAGUAAGAACAAGUCUUUGAACAGUAAAGCCUUGAAGACCUGCAGCACUCAUCUGGUUGUGUAUCUGAUUAUGUUGCUCAGUGGACUGUGUGUUAUUAUUCUGCAUCGCUUCCCACAGUACGCAGAGUACAGAAAAAUUUCUAGCAUUUUGUUUCACAUCAUCCCGAGCGGCCUCAACCCAAUUAUUUAUGGUGCGCAGUCCAAAGAGAUACGAAAAUUCUUAUCAAAAUGGUUUGAGCCCCAGAAAGGUUUUCCAACGUUAUAG